AUGUUUGGGAACUUUGCACCUCUUAUAGCUGUUGCAUUUGAAUGGGUUAAAAGUUUUACAAAUAAUGUGAUUCAUGCCUGUCCAUACAAACCAGUGAAGCACUUUGGACUUGAAAAAAUUCCUCUGAAUAAGCUGCUUAAUCAAGCUUUAGACAUGUUUCCAGGCGCUAUCAAAAUUGAUCGUGGUGAAUAUUUAGGAAUGGUAACUCUUUCCGCACAUUUUCAAAGAAUCGAUUGCAUAAAAGAAAAUGAAACGAUUUAUUUGAAAAAUAUUGUUUGUAAACUUCACAAAAUUUCAAGAGGAUCGACUGGAUCAACAGUCUAUGUAGACGUUCAGCAUCCAAUUAAUUAUGUCAACAUAAAUUUUCAAUUGACUCACACAACAUCAAAUAGACUUUUAUUCAACAUUUCAUUCGAGUACUGCAGUCUUUAUAAGAAUAUUCCACCAUUUGUCAACAUUAUAUUUGAUGCUAUAAAAGAAAAUUCAAAUAAUUUAGUCCAUGCAUGUCCAUAUGGACCUCAAAAAAAGUUGGGUGUUGAGAAUUUUCCAUCGAGUGAGUUAACAGGAAUGCUUGUUGAAAAAUUUCAAGCUAUUGUAAAAGUUUAUCCUGGUGAAUAUUUUAGUGCAACUUACUGUACUGAUAAGAAAGGACGGCUGAUAUUUUAUUUCAAUCAUGAUAGCUUUAGUUUUAAAAAUUAUUCAAUAUCAUCAACAAUGUUUAAGGAUUCGUUCCUUGUUUUAAUAUUUUCAUUAAUUUUAUUGACUAAUCUGUUUGGCAGAUGCUACAGUCAGUUCAACAUGCGCUUCUACAAAAUCGAAUGUCCAGCCGACAAUGACACUCAAUAUCUCGAAAAGAUAAGUUGCAAAUUAAGCAGCCAAAAACAAGGAACAGCAAGUUUAUCGGCAGUUGCAGACUUGAUUCUACCUGUUACUUCAGUUAACAUAAACUUCUUGAUCAUUUACAGAUCAUUAAACAAAAUCAUGCUGAAUGUAACAUUCGAUUACUGCAGUUCUUACAAUAACCUGCCACCUUACAUUCGCAUAAUAUUCGACAUGUAUAAAAAGCAUUCAAAUGAUUUAAUUCAUGAAUGUCCAUACGAAACAAAAAAGCGAAUUGGCAUAGAAAAUUUUCCACUUGAAGUACACACAGCUGUACUUGCUGUUGUUAAUUUUCAACGUGGUGACUACAAAUCUAUUCUAGAUAUUCGUGAUAGAAAAGGAAACUUGAUUGUUUAUUUUAAUUGUUAUUUGUCGGUGUCUCAAAGAAAAAAUCCUAGAAAUGGAAGAAAAUCUAAGAAUCUUUUAAUUGACAAAUCUUACAGUCAGCUAAGCAUGCGAUGCUACAAAGUAGAAUGUCCAACAGAGAAUGAAACUGAAUAUCUUAGAAACAUUAAUUGUAAAAUAAGUAGCAACAAACAAGGCUCAACUCUUUAUACAGGACUUGCGGACUUGAUCAUUCCUGCAACUUCAGUUUCCAUUUCCAUUUUGAUGACUCAUAGAACAUUAAACAAAGUUAUUUUUAAUACAACAUUUGACUUCUGCAACUCCUUUAAAAGUAUUCCACCUUAUGUUCGUAUUAUUUUUGACCUAGCUUUGACUUAUUCAAAGGAUUUGAUUCAUGAAUGUCCAUACAAACCGACUAAGCGUCUUGGAUUAGAGAACAUGCCAUUUGACAUUUUUAUGGCUUUAUUUUCUGUUGCUAAUUUUCAACGUGGUGACUACAAAUCAGUUAUUGAUCUACGAGAUAAAAAAGGAAAAUUGAUUUCAUAUUUCAAUUUUUAUUGGGUUGUGUCUCAAAAGAAGAGUCCGAGAAUUGGAUGA